CUGACACAGACACAGGGAGCCGGUCCGCUUCAACGCGGAAGUGGUGGCCUUUUAGAAUUCUCAUUUUCUUCGUGGAGAAGGGGAAGAGAGGAAAAUGGUAUCUUAGGAAAUAAUGCAAGGCCAAGCGGACAGUGAAAGGAAAAUUAUUUGCUCUUUGAUAAGAAGAGCCCUUCGAGGGGCCACUCUUAACGAUAAGGGACUGGGAGAGCUGAGCCAGCCUUUCAGGAGAGGCAGCCGCAGCCCUCAAUGGCCAGCCUGGUGUAUGGAUGCGCAAGCCAGGCUGGUCUACAAUGGAGCCAGCGGCGAUGAGUUACAGCAAGUCCCCAGCAACCGAAGCUGCCACUUGCAAUGGGGACCAUCAACAGGAGUCUCCUUCCCUGCAGGCUCCUGGAUGCUGCCAGCUCCUGCUGCCUAAGCCCCCGCCACCACCUCCCGCUGCCGCUGCUGCACCCGGACCCCGGAGCUUCUGGACGGCCGUGUUCGACUACGAGUCCACGGCCGACGAGGAGCUGACCCUCCGCCGGGGCGACGUGGUGGAGCUGCUGUCCAAGGACUCGCACGUCUCCGGGGACGAGGGCUGGUGGACGGGCAAGAUCCAGGACAAAGUGGGCAUCUUCCCGAGCAAUUAUGUCAGCAGCCACCCGGCCUACGGCGGCUUCCGAGGCGGCGAGGAGUUACCCCUUCCCCUAGUCAUCGACUUCAGCGAGCUGCUGCUGGAGGAGAUCAUCGGGGUGGGAGGCUUCGGCAAGGUCUACAAAGGCACCUGGGGACGGGACGAGGUGGCGGUCAAAGCGGCGCGCCAGGAUCCCGACGAGGACAUCAGCGUCACGGCCGACAAUGUUCGCAGGGAGGCCCGGCUCUUCGGCAUGUUGAGGCAUCCCAACAUCAUCCUGCUGAAGGGGGUCUGCCUGAAGGAGCCCAAUCUGUGCUUGGUCAUGGAGUACGCCCGGGGAGGCGCCUUAAACCGAGCCCUGGCGGGCAGGAAGGUCCCCCCUCAUGUCCUGGUCAACUGGGCAGUGCAGAUCGCGAGAGGAAUGAACUACCUUCACAACGAGGCGGUUGUCCCAGUCAUUCACCGGGACCUUAAAUCCAGCAACAUUCUGAUUCUCGAGAAGGCAGACGGCGAUGAUCUCACCAACAAGACGCUGAAGAUCACGGAUUUUGGUUUGGCACGGGAGUGGCAUCGAACGACCAAAAUGAGCGCCGCUGGCACCUAUGCCUGGAUGGCUCCUGAAGUUAUUAAAUUGUCCCUGUUUUCCAAGAGCAGCGACGUGUGGAGUUUCGGAGUUUUGCUGUGGGAGCUGCUGACCGGGGAAGCUCCCUAUCGGGAGAUCGAUGGGCUGGCUGUCGCUUACGGAGUGGCUGUUAACAAACUCACCCUCCCGAUCCCGUCCACCUGCCCCGAGCCAUUUGGUAAACUGAUGGAAGAUUGUUGGAACGCAGACGCGCACAGCCGCCCCUCGUUCACCUCGAUCCUCGCUCAGCUGGUGGAAAUCGAGCAGUCGUCCCUCUUCGAGAUGCCUCUGGAAUCGUUCCACUCCCUGCAGGAGGACUGGAAGCUGGAGAUCCAGCAGAUGUUCAACGAGCUGCGUACAAAAGAGAAGGAGUUGCGGAGCUGGGAGGAGGAGCUGAGCAGGGCUGCUAUUCAGCAGAGGAACCAUGAGGAGGUGCUGCGGAGGCGGGAGCAGGAGCUUGCCGAACGGGAGAUCGAUAUCGUGGAGCGGGAACUGAACAUCAUCAUGCGGCAGCUGUAUCAGGAAAAACCCAAAGUCAAAAAGCGCAAAGGGAACUUCAAGAAAAGCCGAUUAAAACUGAAGGACGGAAACCGGAUCAGCUUGCCGUCCGGGUUUGAGCACAAGAUCACGGUGCAGGCCUCACCAACCAUGGACAAGUGGAAGGGUCAGGCGACAGAUGGAUCCAGCCCCCCUGGCAGCCCCAUCAUCAUCCCCCGACUGAGGGCCAUUCGCUUGACCCCUGGUGAGGGCAGUCAGACCUGGGGCCGCAGUGCCGUUUACAAACGCGAAGAGUUCGAGGGUCACAAGAAGAAAGGGCGGACCUGGGGCCCCAGCUCAACGCAGCAGAAGGAGCGUCUGGGUGGUGAGGACAGGUUGCGGUGUCUGGGUGACGGCAGCAAGUUUUGGUCUUCCAGUGCACCGAGUCUGGGGAAAACCCCUCGGCACAUCCCCAUCACCAUGGGCUUUGCCAGUCUGACCGAGAUGGAGGGUCAGAGUCCGGUCGGAGGGCGGUUUCAGAGUCCGAGCCAGUCACCAGUCACCCUUGGUUGCCAGGACAGUGAGACCAGCCUGACGGAUGACAGCUCCCCGGUCACCCACGGCCCGAGCGCUGACAGCAUAAAACGUAGUCCCCAGCGUCGGAGGAACGAGCUGGUGCUCCUGGGCUGUGCCAACAUCCUGAGCUCAGUGGCCCUGAGCUGUGACCUGGUCUCCCUCGGCCGUCAGCAGAUGCUGCACGACGAACAGGAGAAGAGGAGGGAGGGCCUUUUUCAGCGCACGGGGCGGUGUCGCAGCUCCGACAGCCCCCCGAGCCGCCUGGCUCACAGGAAGGAGUCCGUCCUGCCGUCCCUGGAAGCCUCGUCCACCGUUACGCUGCUCUCGCUGUCCUCCGUCUCGGACUGCAACUCCACCCGCUCGCUCCUGCAGUCCGACAGCGACGAGGCAGGUACCUGGGCCACACCGGACGGCACUGAGAGCCCCAACCAGGCCCCACCCGUCAACCCCCUGCUCGACCUGACCGUGGAAACCUUCAAGCGGAACCCCGAACAGUCCCUCACCCCGACCCACGUCAGCGCAGCCUCUGCUGUUAAACGGGGGCACAGGAGGAUCCCAUCAGAUAGUGCCAUCCGACAGCAGGCCCAGGUCCAGACCCAGACGCACAGGAGGAGUCCAUCGGACAGCAGUACGCACAACCUUGUGGACACAGGUGUUCCCAAGGAUUCCACUGAGAUCCCACGUCUUCCAGACCCCACCUCCUUCCUGCCCCCGAUCCUGCGGCGGAAAACAUUGGAGAGGGACGCAGCCCUGGAGAGGCCAAAGACCCUGGAGUUUGCACCGAGACCCCGGCCUUCGGCCAGCCGUCCACGGAUUGACCCUUGGCGGUUUGUCUCCUUCACCAGGACUCACAGUGCGUCGCCGGGCAGCAGCACCGAAACCCCCAGCAACACCGACUCCGGGGAUGAGCGCCUCGGCACCUCCUGUCCAUCUGCUCUGGACACCGGCUGUGUCCGUAGCUUGCUGGACAUCGACCUCGAGGGGCAGGUGGCUGAUGGGACGGUCCCACUCUGCCAAGCUGACCUGGCCCUCCAUAAAGACUCCAUUUAUAGCGUGGAGGAGGGUCACAUGCGCUGACACCACUAGGCCGCAAGCCUGUCACCCUGGAAACCGACCUGCAGCAUCUCUGCCCUUUGACCCUGCCGUGUCAUGACCCCGUGUUCCGAUUCGACGGUUUGAAAUCUGAGUUGUCCAACCCGUAAGGCCAAAACACCAACUGCCUGAUUGAUGAGAGUCAACCAAUGAGAGGGCCUCAGUGCUCAAAUAUUCAGCAUCAACAGGAACGGAUUCUGCAAAAAUGACCCCUUCUGUUACCUUCCUGGUGGGCGUCAUGGGGGUGGGGUGGGCAAUAUUUUAACCAAAAUAGCCUUUCAAAGCAGUUUGUGGUGGAUUGAGGGUUGCCAACUCUCACAGGGUCUACUUGUGAAGGCUUCACCCUGUGAAAUCCAGCUACAAGUCAGAUCGUCAGCUCUCCACGAUAUUUAUUUAAACCAUUAAUACGUCAAAAGAACAGCGCAAUAAUUUUUAUUUUCUCUCUUGGAGUUUUGUCACGGUGGUGGAGGAGUCUGAAGAUGAAUUGUCAAUUUCUGAAGACUCGAGGUGAAGCCUAGAGGGUUGGCAACCCCAGAUAGAUGGGACUGUGAUGAUAGUGGCCUUGCCUAGUCUCCAUUUUCCUUGCUCUAUCUUACACCAGGAAAGGGCGGAAGAGCUUAUAGCAUUGGGUUUUGGAAAGUCAUUUUGCCAAAUUGACAAACAGAAAGCCAAUCCUGAUGGGUUGAUUUUCUGUAACAUUGGUCCCAGUGACACAGAAGGUUUGGGGAUACAGGAGUGGGGACGGACAGCAAGUGUAAAAAUAACCUCCCACUGUAAAUACUUUGGUUGGAAGUUUUGGGAAUCAUCCUGGGUCAGCAAUACUGUUGUCUUCCCCGUCAAUCAGGAUACAGCACCCAUCACUUCAGUUUAUUGUUGUUUACAUGCUCUUCAUGGGAUGUGAACAGCACUUAGUUGUCCGUCCCUCAUUAUCCAGGAGAAGAUUACACCAGCCACAUUAGAGACAGCACUGUAUCCCUGACGUCACUGUUUUUGGGAAGGGGUGAUGUUUGGGAGGCGGUAGGGAAUGGGUUAUUGAGCGAGGGAAGCUAUUUGGUGUUGCGCACAUCUCAAUGGUGCUGGGGUGCGCAGACUCAUUCACUGAGCAGGCACCGUUUGAGAAAUUGGAGUCUGCUUAAAAUCCAGGUCUUGGGAUCAAGUGAGACCCCCGAGAGAUUCCAAUUGUUCAUCCAAAUGUGUUUCCAGUCGAAGGGGGAAAGAGAAGAACAUUGCAUUUUGAUCUAAGUCUCAACUGUCCGAUGUACAUCUGCAAUGUUCCCAGUCAAUCAAAAGCCAGAAUUAGAUCUUUCAGGCCCCUGUGCUCCUGAAUUAGCUAACUCUCCUUCAACGGUCACACAUUACAGAGUGAAUUGGUUUAGUAAAUAAGGAAGGGUAACCACUCGCACCACCACAAACACUCAGUCACAGCAGGGUGUACCAUCUGUAACAUGCACUGCAAACUUUCACCAAAGGUCCUUAGCCAGCACCCUCCAAACACUUCCAUCCCAGAUGAUCAUUAGAAAGGUAUGUCCUUGGCAUCUUGCAAACACUUCCAUCUACAGGGCAGUAGAUCCAUGGGAACACACCCCCUGCAAACUCCCCCCUGAGCCCCUCACCAUCGUGGCUUGGAAAUAUAUCGCCAUUCCUUCAGUGUCACUGGGUCAGAAUCCCGGAAUUCCCUCCCUAAGGGCAUUGUGGAUCAACCCACAGCAGGUGGGAUGCAGCGCUUCAGGAAGGCAGCUCACCCCCGCCACCUUCUCAAGGGGCAACUAGGGACGGGCAAUAAAUGGUGAGCCCAGCCGGUGACAGCCACAGCCAAUGAAAAGAAGAGAAAUAAUCACUGCUUCGACCUCGUUCUGAAGUAAUUUGGUCCAUAUCAGACUUUCGGCAGGAUGUGAAUUUGCACACUUAGCUUGAUGAGGGUUGAUUAACAGACUAUAAUUUUCUCCGGAAGACAGGAAAGUUGCAGUUGAGGCAUUCAAAGUGAUAGAGGGCUCUUACUGAAUAAAUAGUGUUAUACCACUGGCAAAAGAUUUGAUAACCAAGAGGAGAUGGAUUUUAAAUGUUCAGUAAAAGAACUGUCAGGGAAUUAAGAAGUGCUGUUGUGAUCCAGAAUGGGCUGUCUGCAAAGGGGAUGUUCAAACAGGAACUUCCAAAAGGGGGCCAUUCGAUCCAUCACCUCUGUGUCAGCUCCAUGAAAGGAAUCUACUUUGGAGAAGGAAACCUUUGAAGGUUCUGGGGCUGUAGAACUAAUUAGAUAAGCCACUACAAAAAGACGGAGGAAAGGCUGGGGUAAGAAUUAAUGUCAUCCCACCUCUUAAAGAAAAUCUUCAGGAUUGAGUCCUACUCUGCAUUAAUUCUCUGGGAUUCAACCUGUUUGAGUGUUUGAGAAAACUUAAUUUUGCCACAGGUCUGAUCUGUGCUGCACUUGUUUCUGAUGCUCACCAGAACAAAUCCUGGGUCGCAGCCCCUCCUGGUGCUCACUGUCAGUAUUGCAACUCCAUUAAAGACGGUCCAGGUGAGAAUAUAGAGUCACAGGAACACCACAGAAACUGACCCUUCAGUCCAACUCAUUCAUGCCGACCAGAUAACCUAAAUUAAUCUAGUCCCAUUUGCCAGCACCCAGCCCAUAUCCCUCUAAACCCUUCCUAUUCAUAUACCCAUUCAGAUGCCUUUUAAAUGUUGUAAUUGUACCAGCCUCCACCACUUCCUCUGGCAGCUCAUUCCAUACAUGUACCACCCUCUGCAUGAAAAAUGUGCCCCUUAGGUCCCUUUUAAAUCUUUCCCCUCUCCCCUUAAACCGAACCCCUCUAGUUCUGGUCUCCCUCGCCCCGGGGGAAAAGACCUUGACGUUUUACCCUAUCCAUGCCCCUCAUGAAUUUAUAAAUCUCUAUAAGGUCACCCCCUCAGAACUGGACCAGCCAGCAACGGAUAUCUGUGCAAUUUUGAGUUGGGAAACUAAUUAAUUCUGUAAAUUAUUGUAAAUAGCAGGAAAUGAUGUGACCAUUCGUUCACUGGGCAAGGACAUCUCAUGAGAUGUAUCGACUCUAAAAGAUGUAAUAAGCAAUCUGGAAGGAUGUUUAAAACUUUCAUCUCGAUGUAAAUACAUGUAAAUUAUAUAAAACAAAAUUGCCAGGUUUUAAUGGCUGAUUUAUCCUUAAGUUAUACAGUGAGGACAAUGGUGAUUGUGAUUUGUAGAAGAAAUUAAACUUAUUUGUUGAUGUUUGACUCUU